ACCUGGUUCGAGUUUUUGUGAUUGCAGCUCAGUAACUCAAACUGCAUCCAACAGAUCAUUUAAUCCGAGUGGCUCCGGAGCAAAUCAAGGGUACUUCAGGAGAUAAACACAUCCACAAUUGCACUGGGGUCAGAGUUUUAAACAACAUUGGUGGCAGCAGUUCUAGACAGAAGCAUUAUGGCUCAGUUUGGCUACACAGAUGAAAACAACCCCUGUUGGAGCAGCAACAUUAUUGCUAAUUUACACUCCUACUUUGGAGCUAGUCAUCCAGUGAAUCACUUGAUUUCACAAACCGUAAAGACAAGAGAUCAGCUUUGCAGGACACUGGAGGCCUUGAUAAGAGCAGUGACUCCCUGAGCCAGCUUGAGAAUUGCAGUCCUCCCAUAGACAUAUCGUCAGCUCUCAGGUCGGUGGCAUGGGGUUUUAAAAAGCACUCCCCUGUGCCCAACCACUUGUCAGUACCUAGAAUUGAGGACUAUCCAAUUGUAUCUCCAUUAGAGGAUCAGGAAAGCAGCACAGAAGGGGCAGCACAUCCAGCUGAGGAGGAAGUGCCGAGUGUACCAUUCCAGUCAAAGUACAUUCAUUUUUUCCCACUGUAUCAGGACUACUGUCUGCAUGCGGUAACAGACGGUCUUCGCAGACUGAGCACGAGUUUUGUGUCUGAACUGAUAAGCCCCCGUGGUCUGCAGCGUCGCUUUGACAUUCUAUCCCCUCAAUUAAACUCUCCUGAAGCGACUCCAUCCUCACCUCUAUCUCAACCAGUCAGAGUGACUCCAUGUACUCUCUGGCAAGAUCUAGAAGAGGUGAAGGCGUCUGGCUUGCUCAGCAGCCUGACGACCAGAGAGAUUCGCCUUCAGGAGUCGAUGUUUGAGUUGAUCGGCUCUGAAGCGUCUUACCUAAGGAGCCUUGGACUUGCAGUCAAUCACUUCUAUGCAUCAAAGCACUGAAACGGACUCUGAAUCAAAGGGAGCAUCACAUGUUGUUUUCCAACAUUCGCUGUGUGAUGACAGCCAGUGAAAAGUUUCUUAUGGAUUUGGAAAUUCAACUGGGAAAGAGUGUGUUGUUAUCUCAGGUUGGAGACAUUGUGCUUCAGCACUGCCCUGAGUUUCACCGCCUCUAUGUGCCAUAUGUGACCAACAUGAUGUACCAAGAGACUCUUUUCAACCAGCUACUGCAAACGAACAGGGACUUUGUGUAUUCAAUCAAGAAGCUUGAGCGUGACCCAGUGUGUCAAAGACAGAGCCUGAAGUCAUUCCUUGUCCUUCCCUUCCAGAGAAUUACUCGUACUAAACUCAUCCUAGAGAGCAUCCUGAAACUGACUACACCAGGCUCUGCCUCAAUUUCAAAUCUCGAAAAAGCAAUUGAAGCCAUCCAUGAGAUAGUGACAGAGUGUGACAAGCGGGUCAGAAAAAUGAAACAAAUCGAGGAGCUGGUCUGCCUGGAAGUGCUGCUGGAUUUUUGCAAAGUAAAGUCAGUCCCUCUGAUCGUGAGUGGGCGUUUUUUGGUGCACCAGGGUUCCAUGAGGCAGCUGACUGUGGCCGCGUACAACUCGAGAGUAUCAUUUGUCAGCGUCUACCUCCACCUCUUCAAUGACCUUUUGAUCAUCUCCUUGAAAAAGGACAAGAGGUUCAAAGUUGUGGAUCAUGCUGAAUUCCCCACACAUGUGCACGUUGAGCAUCUGAAGGCUGAGGUCCUGGGUCUACCCCCAAACUCCUUCCUGUUGCAUCUCUCUCAAAGUCACACCAGACAACCCACUGCCAUGAUACUUGUUGCACACACAAGGUCAGAUGAAGAGGCAUGGAUGAAGGCACUUUCGUCUAAGCAGUGAUGGGCAAAAUCAUUGUGCAAUUUUUAGCUAAUUGGGAUUUUAGAAUUCAAACUUUGCUUGUUUUAACUCGCACAUUACUAAUGUAUACAUUUUGAUAAUUGAAAAAAUGUUGUAACUGUAAAUUUGGUUCACUCUUUAAAAUGUAUCUUAACUUGAUUGCACUUGAUAAAGACCACAUGACACAAUAUGAAGGUUUCAAACACGCACUGAAUAUGUCACAAUUAGACACACAGCAUGAAGGUGACUUUUUUUAAAUAAUUGGGAAUAGAUAUUUUUUUUUUUCACUUGUAUUAAAAUGCUGG